AACAUAAUGAAUUGGAAAAAUGUUUGAAAAUCAUUUCUAAAAAUAUCCACGAAUUUCUAAAAAUGUUCGAAGAUUGGGAAAAGUUCUUGAAUUGGAAAAUAGUUCCACGUAUUCAAAAAAAAUCACGGAUUGAAAAAAGUUCAUGAAUUUUUAAAAAUAUAUUCAUGAGAUUUCCUUAAAGGUCAUGUUUUAAGAUGAAAAAAGAAAACUAAAAUAAGGAACAGGAAAAAAAGAAACAGAAAAAGAAUAAAAUGAACAAAACCGGCCCAUAGCUCUGCGUACGAAUGGAGCUAUGGUUGGCGCCUUAAGCGUCAAAUAGCAAUUUCCGACGGUCAUCGCCUCCCGCGCUCUUCCCUUGCCCUCGGCGGCCGGAGCCGGAGAGGCCAACUUCCACCACCUUGUUCCACUCCAGCGAGCCACAGUUGAACCCCAUCCACGCCAACACAGCUCACAUUUACCAUCGCAGCCGCCCGUUCCCCCGACUCCCGCUCGACUAGACGGCCUCGGUCGAUCGGUCCUGUGCUCGCCUCACGCCAUGCCCACCUCCCGCACGACGGAAUGCCGAACCCGGACCCGCCGCUCUCCCCGUCCCUCUUCAACUCCCUCAUCGCCUCCCGCGCCCGCGCCGGCCGCGCGGCCGACGCCUUCUCGCUACUCGCGCGCAUGCUCGCCGCGGGCGUCGCCCCGACCGCGUUCACCUUCGCGCCGAUCCUCUCCUCGCCCUCCGUGUGCCCCCGCCGCGCCGCGCAGUUGCACCCGCUCAUCCUCAAGCGCGGCCUGCUCCACAGCGACCCGUACUCCGCGACGGCGCUGCUGGGGUUCUUCGCGCGGCACGGACGGUUCGGCGAGGCGCUCGACCUGUUUGGGGAAAUGCCCGCACGGAGCGUCGUCACCUGGAACUGUCUCGUCUCUUCGUUCGCGCAGCAUGGGCGUGUCGAGGACGCCGUGCUUUGGUUCAGGGAACUCGUGAGGAGCGGCGAUGGCUUGUCUGAAGGCUCUCUCGUUGCGGUCUUGCCUGCGCUUGUGUCACCGGACCCAGUUCAUGGGCUUGCCAUCAAAACCGCAAUGGAUUCCUUCUCGGCAGUUGCUAACUCGUUGCUGAAUUGUUACUGUACUUGCGACGCAGUUUGCGCGGCAGAGAAGCUAUUUGAUGGGUUGAUGUUCAGAGAUGCGGUCUCGUGGAAUACAAUGAUCACUGCUUUCGCUAGGAGUAACUUCCCAGGGAGAGCUUUUGAGCUUUUCUCAGCGAUGCAUGGUCAGGGUGUUUCUCCAGAUGAAACUACAUUUUCCAGUGUUCUUUACGCUUGCACCAGUAUAAAUGCACAGGAGCAUGGGAAGUCUGUUCACGCCAAAUCUAUCAAGCAUAACCUCAAUACGACAGUAUUUGUGAGUACUUCACUGGUUGAUUUCUACAACAAAUGUGUUGGUAGGAGGGACGCUCUUAAAGUACUCGAAGAGGUUCCUCAUAAGAGCACUGCAUGUUGGAAUGCUCUGCUUUCUAUCAAGUCAGAUAGUGAUUUUCCAACUCUGUUUAUGAUCCUGAGAGAUAUGCUGCGAUCAGGGAUUAGCCCAAAUGAAUUUACCUUUUCUUCCUUGCUCAAGGGUUCAUCACUGUUGGAUGUGCAUCAGAUUCACUCAUUGGUCACAAAACUGGGUUAUGACGGUAAUGACUAUGUUUCAAGUGCUAUUAUAUCUUCCUAUGUCUCACUUGGCUUUGUUUCUGAUGUCCUGGCUUAUGGAGUUACAUUGGAUCCUGACUCCUGUAACGUCUCCAUGAAUGUUUUAGCUGGGGCAUAUAAUAGAGCUCACAUGUACCAAGAAACCAAGGAGCUACUCUUACAUCAGCAAACUAGUGAUAAUAUUUCAUGGAGCAUACUUAUUACUGCUUGUGCACGGAAUGGUGAUUAUGCUGAAGCUUUUGGACUUUUCAGGCAGAUGAGAAUUUUGGGGCAUCAUUUUGAUAACUAUGUAGCUGUGAGCUUGCUGAGUAUUUGUACAAAAGUUAACAGCCUUGUUCUUGGUAGGCUGGUGCAUGGGGUAAUCAUCAAGACCAGUUAUGGGUGCUCAGACACUCGUACUAAUAAUAUGUUGCUAGAUAUGUAUGCUAAAUGUGGUAGAAUUGAAGACUGUCUGAAAGCCUUUGAGGAAAUGGAAGAUAGGAACGUAAUCUCAUGGACAGCUGUGAUUUCAGGCCUUGCACUUAACGGUUUUUCUCGUAAGGCCCUGGCAUGGUUUAAAGCUAUGGAAGAGGCUGCUGUUAAACCUGACAAGGUAGCAAUUCUGGCAGUCCUUUCAGCUUGUAGACAUGGAGGACUUGUGCAGGAGGGAAUGGAGAUAUUCAAACGUAUGGAAGCUGAGUACUCAACUGAAGCUGGGAUGGAGCAUUACAUUUGUGUGGUGGACAUGCUAUGCAAGUGUGGUCAUUUAAAGCAAGCUGACUCUGUGAUUAGAGGCAUGCCUUUCCGCCCGAGUACUAUUAUUUGGCGUACAUUCCUCCAAGGAUGCAAUACAUAUGGCAUGCUAGAUACUCAAGUGUUUAGCUAGUGAUGGUCUUGGUAAACAAUAGAGGUUAUAAUUUAAAUCAUACGGAGUAUGUUUGAACAACCUAGUAAUGGAGGAUAUGUGAUUGCUGGGCACCUUUAUCAACCACUUCACCUCUUUUGUUCGCUCCAUUAUAUCUAUGAUGAAGGGUGUUGAUUGGAAACGUCCUCAUUUGAUGAAUCUUUUCUGAAUUCUGCAACAUGGAGGAGGCGAAAAGGAUGGCUUCUAUUCCAGUUGACCUGAAUAUGUGGCCCUUAAAGAUCCAGCCUCCAUAUGGUCAAUGAAAUGUUCACUUUGGCAGUUAGAACUUGAAACUGGUCGUCAUUCUUUGUGAAAGUUGCAAAGGUGGUGUGAAGGUCCACAAAGAAAAAAGGAAAUGUGUACCUAGUUGGAAAUAUCUGAAGAAAUAUUGCACAGUGACUGAAUUCAGCUAUUCAGGCAAAAGGAGAGUAAAAGGAGAAAGGCUGUUGUCAAAAUACCAAGGUGUGGUAGCCACUUGCAGCCUAUGAAAAUGUGGAAAAUGACUGGAACGUGUUCAGUAAGAUCCCCUCCUAUUUACUAUGCUUGACUCGUGAAUCUAAUUGAUGGUGAUUUGCAUGAUCAUACCAGAGCAAUGCAUUUAUAAUGAUUA